AUGGGCUCUGUAGCGUCCCCAAUCCUCGAUAGGGAUGACUAUUCCUUCAAGGCAAUGUGGGAGCAGGCUCAGUUGAGGUUCCAGGAAAGAACCUCAAAGAGCCUCAAAUCAGCCACUGGACAUUCUCUUGAAGAUGUGCUCUCAGAGCUCGAAAAAAAAUAUCCAGAAGACAAUAUCUUUCAAUCGCUCAACGAUAGCCAGUCGAACGUGAAAGACGUUGUACGGAAUGUCCUGAAUUGCAUUAGCAUUCUAGGAGGAAUCGUCGCACAAGGUGCAUCAAUGGCAUUUGGUGGAGCAGCCGACAUAUGUUACUCCGCCAUCUCGUUUCUGAUCGAGAUGCAUGCGCGAAUAGAUCGACUUUAUGAAGGACUUGCACAGCUCUUCGAAGAAAUAUCAACAUUUCUCAAAACUUUCAAAAUCUACAAACGAAUCGAGAAAUUCGCCGAGGUUGACCCCGAGUUAAAGGCAACCACUGGCAGACUUAUGAUCAGCUUCGUCGACAUCUGCGCCCUAUCGAUCAAACUCCUCAAUGGCUCCAAAUGGAAGAAAUUCAAGACAGUUCUCAAAGUCGCUUUGAUGGACGAUGACUCUGGCAUUCGAGCCGAGCUGGAGAAAUUCAAGGGUUUGAUCGAUCAGUCCAGUCGAAUCUCGGAUGCAGUAACGCUUGAGAAGGUGAUGAUCUCCCACCAUGAAGUUGUUGAGCUCCUGGAAGACGCAUCUAGAAGAAGCGGGCAACAGCUUCUCUAUCUCGAAGAUAUCAGUACCGGAGUCAAUGUGCUCAAAGCCGACAUGGUUGAGCACAAGACUCAGCAGAUACAUUUAACUCAGGUUCAAGAAAUCAUGAAAAAGUUGUCUAUCAAUCAAGAAACAGCAAAACUUUCAGCAAAAUAUCUAGAGGAUCUGAGAACAUCUCCCAUUCCUAAUACCGGCAUCUGGCUCAAAGAAAUGGCAGAGUAUCAGUCGUGGUCUGAUGGUAUUGCUGUUGACACGAAGUCACUACUUAUUCUGGAAGGUGGCGAGAAGUCAGGAAAGAGUUUUUUAAUCGGCAGUAUCAUGGACGAACUGGACUUUCAAUUCCGAGAGGGUCGAAAGUCUGAAAACCGUGUCUCAGUAGCGUAUUACUGCUUUUCCAGGGUGGACAAGAAAUUGGAGACUUCAAAAUUCAUCCAACAUCCCCAUCUUCCCUCCACAGCUCUGAAGUCCAUAGCUGUACGAAUUGCAGAGCAGAAUAUCAGCUACGCUAAAGAGAUGGCCACAUUCUGGGCCACCAGGAAGGCAACAGAUCACAGGAACAUGUCAUGCCGCGAACUCUGGGAUGCGUUGCAACUAUCAUCCCCUAAGGGAGAUGGCAUGUAUUAUCUGAUCUUCGAUGGGCUGGAAGUAUUGGCUGAGGGCGAUGCAUGUGAACUUUUUGAAGUACUACUCAACAUUCAGAGUUCCAAAGUUCGUCUGUUGGCUGCGUCGAACAAGGCGGUUAUUGAUUCCUCUCUAGAGUCCUUUCAAGAUCGCCUAACCAGGACAGCGAUCCCUCGAAUUGAUGUGGAGAUAAGCAAUGGCCCAGACAUCAGAACCUUUGUCGAUCACUAUUUGUCACAGAACGGAGAAUUGUUUGGACGAGAUGUCGAAACUUCUAAGCUGAAAGCCUGGUUGCGAGACGAACUCCCAGAAAUUGUCAAGGGUAAUUUUUUCCUUUUGCAAACUGCCCUUGAUCGAUGUGCCGAGGAUUACAAGAGAAGCCAGAGUGUUUCGGAUAUAAUACAAAAUUUGAAAAGUGUCGAUCUUUCACAAGAUUCUAGCAUUGCUGCAAGGCAGGUGAUCGCUCGCCUCAACAAGUCCUUGAGCAAUCAGGAAAUCGACCAGCUCAACGAAAUGAUCACCUGGGUAGUAUAUGGUAAGAAAUGGCUAACUUUAGACGAACUCAGAGCGGCACUAUUCCUCCGCUUCAAGGCACAGCCCGCUCAGCCACUGGCUGCACAACUAGGCAGCAAAGGAAAAUACGUAACAUUGUUCAAUGUUGAUGAAUUUGUCUAUACUAGGGACAAUAUUGAUCCUGUAUUGGUGGUCGACUCGAGGAAAAAACGAAUUGAAGGGAAUGCUGGGAAAGGGGACAACCCGAGAAUCUCCAUGACCCUCAAAAUCACCAACGCAGAUUUCGAGACAGUGCAGCGGUUUCUCUGGGAUCUGGGGGAAAGAGCAGUUUUCGAAAAGUUUGCAUUCGAAAAUAUCCAGACUUCUCUGGAAGUACAGAAGCGGAUUUAUGUUCAUGAAGUUGAGGCUUGCAUAGCAAUUAUUUCACGCUGCAUUGACCUCCUUUUGGCAGAGCCGGACGAAUACUCGAUUGCCAUGGUCGAUUACGCAUUGUGGUACCUUCCCGAACAUCUGGAAAAUCUCAAGACGUAUGUGGAUGCUCGUGAGGUGAAAGACUCUGAGAUGCAGAGUGUUGUGGAUAAACUGGUCAACCUUCUCUCAGACACUGAGUGCAUUGAGAAGCACUGGACACGUGGGCCGAAUACUUUCCAUUAUGGUCUACCUAUCUUUACUUGGUGCUUGUACAAGACGAAUGUCGUCGAAUCCCUUCGACCUAGAGACCGUCGAUGGCUCGAAAAGCGUGACAUUACCAAAGACCCAAAGAUAAGCUGCCUUCACGAUAUUGCGCUCAUGGUGGCGGAGCAGUGGCUCCGCCGUAGAGUUUGUGACUAUCCUGAAGCUUUUGCAAAAUGGAUCUUUCACUAUGUCAAAAAUUUGAAAAUGGCUAGCUCUACUGCAGUGGCUGACAAUGAGAAGGAUAAGAGUGCCAGUCUGGUGGACACUAUCAAUACCUCUGUCAUGGACACCGUGGUAUCAGCAGACUUGGACUUGGACUCGGAAUCCAUCUCCCGUGCUGCAGCCUGGGUUGAACAAGAGCUAAGAUUCAAAAAUCUGGACUCACUGUGGUUCGAGCGUCUCGGGCAGACAUUUCUCGAGACAGAUCUUCUAGAUGAUGCAGCGGCCGCAUUUCUCCGUGCUAAAAGUCUGCCAGGUGCGCAUCGGAUGGUCUCUAGAGGGCUUGCGGAGGUUUAUAAUGCGAAAGGAGAGUUUGAAAUGGCGAUCAAAGAACUUGAUCCUGUCAUAGACGACAUACGAGCUCGCUCCGGUAACAAAAUUGAGGUUCACGAUGACGAUCGAACCUUUCUACUUGACGCUCUGAGGUUGCAAGCUGAGUGGCAUACCCACUGUGAGCCUCCAAAUACUGAGAGGGCGGUUGCCCUCUACCGAGAGAUAUUGGAACUCGAACCUGGAAAACAUUUCAUACAGUGGCAACUCAUCAAGGUACUUGCAGAAGCAAAUUGGUUAAGUGAUGCCCUCGAAUUCCUCCGAUCUUUAAGGGGCCAACCAGCAGAGGAUUUCGGCAAUCUAGAUCAACUUGCAAAGAUGCUUUUCUAUUCCUGGUCCGACUCCGAAAAAUCUGUCAGCUUGGACACAAUCUACCUGUUUGUUUCGGUAACAGCAAAUGAUCCUCUGACUACAUCCAUAUUGAACAAUUUGACGCUUUGUAUCGACAGGGCUUCCAAAUUAAACGAUACUGCCGCAGUAGUGGCACUACUGCUCUUUGAAGGUAUUGCGGUCUUCCAAUACAAUCUGGGAAGUUCAGAUCAGAAAGAAGCGAUAUUGUCGUGGAAAAGGUGCUAUUCACUAGGGUCCGGAAUGCGGAAAGGUUCUGAGCAAGACGAAGUGCGCUUUGCAGUUGGCCAUGCGACCAAGCGGAUCAGCUAUUACUACCAUGAAUUGUUCAAAAAAGGAGGCGCCGAUGCACAGAGAAAUAUCGCCGAAUUGCAGGGGUUCUACUUGGAAGCUCAGCAGACACGCUGGGUAGCUCAAACAGUGGGGUUUACACUUGCGGCUUGUCAUGCUUCUUCAAGCUCUCCGGACAAGGCCAGAGAUCUCCUGUUUGACGACAUGAAGACCGCAUUGGACCUACUAAGUGAUGACGACCCAGACAAUGACUAUAUAGGUUAUCUGUGGAUGGCCGAACUUCUGUUGCAUGCUGGAGAUGAAUUGAAUUCCCUCUCGGCGUUUUCGCUCCAUGUCCCCGAAGACGUCGAUAGGGUUGGUAUGGUUACGUCUCAGGAUGACACCAAACCUUCUGAUGAUAACGACAAGUCAGGGGAUGCGACUUGUAACGAUGAAGAUCAUGGUGAGGGUGAAGUUACUGAUAACGACGCUCCCGAGGAUGGUGCUGAUGAAGAAGCCAUUGAUGAUGUCUCGCAGAAAUCAGGGGAGCCCCCAUCCACAUCUUCGUCCAGACCAAAUACUCCUGCAGCGAAUGAUGCUGUUCCGAGAAUAGAAAUCCCGGAAACAACCAUUGUUGCUCCAACGCCACAAGUCCGCUUGGGCAAGGCCACUAAUAACUGCGAUGGACGGUGCGGCACCUCUUGGACUUAUGCGGACGAUUUCUAUGUCUGCAAAAUCUGCAGCGAUGUCCAGUUCGACCUUGGAUGUCUGAACAAACUGCGAGCGGGAAAAUUGAAAGCAGUGGUUUGCAGCCCAAACCAUGAUUGGCUGCAUAUACCGCCCUUUUCCGACGAGGAGUACCACAAGGUCGGCAAAGGGAACGUUCGCAUGGGGGGAACGUUCAUUGAUGGAGCGCGGCAAGGUGGUGAGAUCGUACCUGUUGCGGUAUGGGUAGAUGCUAUCAGAGCCCAGUGGGGAAUCUUGAAAAAGGGCUAA